AUGGCGAUUGAAUCUAAAAUCCUUGCAGAUGCAGAACUAGCGGCGAUGCAAGAGAAAUUGCAAAUGGAAGAGGAGAAAAACAAGGAGUUGGCUGCACUGGCGGAAGAAAAUGAAAAGUUGAGGGAACAAAAUUUGGUGAUUGAAUCUAAACUCAUCGCGGAAGCUCAACUGGCGGAGGAGGAGAGUCGGCUCAAGGAACAGCAAAGGAAUGAGCCUAAGAAGAAAGGAAUGGUCUACGCAAGGAAUCUUUUUAUCGCCGGCUCGAAUGAAAGCGAGCAUUGGUCUUGGGUUGCUCUGGAGUACGACGAGAUAUCAAGCAAUGCCCUCGUUGAAGCUGCUGAGCUUUUAACUAUAUGGUGGUUCGAAGUGAAUGGAACGUUUCACACGAGAGAACUUACACCAUUGACACAUUACGAGGUUAUGUACGUGAUAAAGUUAAGAAAAUCAGCUUCUGGAUGGGAUGUACCGGUGAACAUGAAGCUCGUCUUGCCCACCUAUACUCAAGAACGAACUGUGAACUUGAAUGAGCAUGUAGGGAAAGGGUGGGUAACUAUAAUGGCCGGUGAGUUCGUGACAUUGCCAGAGUGUGUCGGAGAGUUCAAGUUCUCCAUGUAUGAGAACAAGGGCUUUUGCAGGAAAGGGCUCAUUGUCAAGGGUGUUGCAAUUCGUCCCAAAAAGUAA